AGGGCGGAGAGGAGCAUCAGAGACAACUGACUGCGUCAAUGACAUCUUGAGGCUUCGCGAGAGAGUGUUGGCGGAGAGGGCGGCCAAGGGGGGGACAACACCCACUGAUAUGGGCAUUUACGUGGAGGACAACGGCACUGAGAAGGUGUAUGCCCUGACCCCUGCCGCUAAGGCCUGGGCCAAGAGCAGAGUACAGAAGAUAAAGGAGGUCACUGCCCAGACGGUGACCCAAGAUUGUGAUAAUGAUGACCCAGGUCGCCAGGAUAGUGACCAGCAGCAUCACAUAGAUCAAGAAGAUGUCUUCCCUAAUGACGAAGGUUUCAACAAACUCCUCGAGAACUUGUCUGAGGAGUCACAAGAUUCUGAGGAAGAACUCGAGGAUCAGAGAGGAAGUCAAAACAUCGAGGAUGAAAUUGAUGAAGAGUUACCUGAGCUGGAGGAAGUCAAGGGCAGCGAGGAAUACAAAACAACAGACAAGACGCUCAUCAGUCAACACACCUCACCAGCAGAAGUUCCUGAAGGUGUGAACAAGCGGGAAGAGAAUGAAGGUGUGAACAAGCGGGAAGAGAAUGAAGGUGUGAACAAGCGGGAAGAGAAGGAAGGUGUGAACCGGGAGGGUUUCAGCGACGCCCUGAAGAUUAAACUACCUCUUGAACCUGACGACUCCCAAGGCAGUAAAGUCUCCAUUGAUGACAAAGUACAGAAGGAUUUCGAGGGUAACAACUCUCCUGCCCUACACGACAACUCUCCUGCCCUACACGACAACUCUCCUGCCCUACACGACAACUCUCCUGCCCUACACGACAACUCUCCUGCCCUACACGACAACUCUCCUGCCCUACACGACAACUGUUCCCAGAUAUCAAAAUCAGAAAACGAGACAGAAGAUAACUGUUCCACCUGCUCCUCAAACUGUCCACACAAGAGAGACGACGACCAGCUGUUGUACAAGAGCUGCCUCAACUUCCUCAAGUCCCACAGCAAGAUGCCACAAGAUGUUGACUCAGGAGGUGGUAAGGCGAAUGACACCAAGGACCUCCUGGGUGAGAUCUGGGACCUGACGGAGGUGAUGCACACUCCAGCCUCUCCAGAACUCUACUCUGAUUCGGAUGGUCAGGCGUACGUUCGCCAGCUUGUGUCUGACCACAACACCCAACCCCAAAAUGAUUCUGACAUUGAAGAGAUUUUAGAAAAUAUGGAAUUCGAGACUGAUAACUUACAGUCUGUGUAUCGACGCCAUAACUUACUGGCGCUGAACACUUCACAGGAGACGCCAGAUGACAGCGAACCAGAUGAUGAUUUUAACGAUGAAGUGGAUGAACUAAUUAGUAAUAGAGAUGUUAGGAAUACUGAUGACUUGAAUGGGGCUGUUAGAGAUAUUAUUGGCGUAAACAGCAGGGAGGUUAGAGUGAGUCCCACCCCAGCCCCUCUGUUUGGCGAGAGGUGGGUGGAGGAGGUCAGGAGACAGAUCAUAGAGGAGGCUGACUGGCAGGACGAGGUGGAAUGCAUCACCAACACUUCUGAAGAGGACGAGAGCGUGGAUGAUCUCAAUGUAGAGACACCAGAGGAAUCCAGCUUAGUUGAAGACGACUCUAGCCUGGCCGACGAGGAAGACCUGAUGGAGGAUGACAGCCACGAGAGUGUGUUCGAGGAGGAGAGUGUCAGCCACGAGAGCGUGUUCGAGGAGGAGAGUGUCAGCCACGAGAGCGUGUUCGAGGAGGAGAGUGUCAGUUCCAUCUCUCCAGUGUUUAAUAAGGGUCCAGAGGCCGACGGGUUGCUCAGGUAUGGUGUUCCUGUAGCUCCUCCUCCGUUGUUUACCCAGGCUGACGGUGAUACUUCUGACGUCACCCCAGGGUUUAAGGAGGACCUCGAGACGUCAUCCUCCUGCUCCAGCCUUAGUCCCUCGUCUCUACAUGAUUCUUGGACCCACGAGGACAACAUAGUCAUCCAACCUUCUAGUGAAAACGACUCCUACUUCCCCACCACGACCAGCUCCCACAUUAGUCGUCUAGUAGGUGGUACGACUGUGGUGUCAGGUCUCAGCAUCACACCUCAGCCAACAGAAUCUUGUUCCUGUGAAGACUCCCAGCCGACUGAACCAGACUGCCAUUUAGCAGCUGAGGCGUCCAACCUGAGAGCUUUUGAGUCCCAGUUAACAGUCAAGGACUCCCAGAGGACAGCUAAAGACUCCCAGACGACAGCUAAAGACAACACACAUUACCACAGGGAUGACUUACAACCCAGGGACGUGAGGGAAUGUCCUACGCCCCUCGCUGCCGACGUGGGGACGAAGAGAGGCGUGAGUGACGUGCGGCGCGUGACGAGGGACAUGGAGACACUCGCAGGAGGAGACUGGACCUCCGGCACCACCAGCAGCAGACGUCAGGACUCCAUCUUCAGUACUCGAGACGCCCUGAGGAGCUCGCACGAGGCCUUCGUCAGGGGGCGGAACAUAGGGAGUUUGUUGAUAAUCAGAGAGGAGGAUGAUGUCAGAGCUCAGGUCAACCCUCAGGUGGUGGUGCCAUCUGUCAGUCGACCCUUCCAGGUGUGUGGGAGGCGAGGCAGACGACCCCUAGUAGUGGAGAUUGAGGAGGAGGAAGACGUGUGAUUAACUCCACUCUUAAGACAGCUCCCGUACCUGUAUCCUGAUGCUCACUUGUUUAUCGCAGUCUCACUCGAUGCUCACUUGUUUAUAUUUGGUAAGUAAGGUGAUGUUCAUUUGUUUCUUAUGUAAUGUAAAGCGAUGUUCACUUGUUUAUGUCAUGUAAGGUGAUGCCCACUUGUUUACCGUAGCUAUAAGUUAUAUCCUUAUUAUUUGUGUCCUCUGAUACUUAUUGUAGUGUUGCUUAUAUUAGAUCUGUUCAAGUAUAAACACUAUAAAGAUUAUUCUAUCACUUAUACUAUACCAAUAACAUAAGAUCUACGUUACUUAUGUUGGCUUUGUAUAGCAGCACCGUGACACUUACUUAUUACUUAACACUUUACUGUAGAAUUUCGUAUGUAGAUUAACCCCCUUGAGUACAAUAUACGUAUUAGUGUAGUAAGAGGACUUAACCCAUUGAGUACGAUGAGUUCACCCCUUGAGUACAACACAUUAACCUACAGGUGUUCUGUGAAGGUAACUAGUUAAGAUACUGUACUCAACCAUCCGUCACCACAGUACAACAAAGUCAGGUACCGACACUCAGCUGGGUCGACCGGGGUAUAAUAGUUUAAUUACAUAACAAUGUAAUUAUAAUAUUAAUGGAGAUAAUAGUCUAGAAACAUGUUGUCUUAAGUAUGAUAAUCAGCCUCAUUACCCUACACUAAUUAUUGCCUUAAACUAAUUAUAUAGGUUAAGUGAUACCAACACUAAUUACUACUUUCACUAAUUAGGGUCAUUAGGCUAUAUUAAGGUUAUUAGUCUCCUUAAUAACAUCAUUAACUUGUUCCUUCACUUGUGGCUAUAGUCGUGUUGUUUAUAUCACUAGUUAAUAAACUGUAUACAAGUGUUAAGUAAUGAUUUAGUAACCUUUGUCGUCUUUUAUAUAAGUAGUGGAUAUGUCACUAAUUGGAGGUGUGAGGCUGGGCUGGGCUGACGUUCAACACUACAUGGUCACCUGGAGGUCAAUAACUCGAGGGGUUUUUCCCGACCAUCAACUUAAUUUUUUAGUGGAGAACAAAACCCGUGUGUUGGCGGCUCUGUUAUAUACAGGGUGUCUCAAAAUAAGUAUAGAAACUACUUUACACAUUUCCGUGGAGAUCGCGUGAAUGUUUAUAAUGCAAUAACAUUUUUCUCACGUGCUGAUGGCCGAGAUCUCCUACACAUAAAGACAAUGUUGCUCUUGUAAUAAAAACAUUCACGCGAUCUUCACAACAAAAUGUGUAAGGUAUGUGUAAAAAAAAAAAAAAGAAAUUCUGAGACACCCUGUAAGGACACUAGGAGAGACGCCAUUUGGUAAACCUCCAUCAAUGAGGAUCCGGGUCCAGGGGAAGACUGGCUGCCACUGACCCCCGGCUGCCCCUGGGGUGUAACGUGGUGUUUCAAGGACUGCGUAACCUUGGGAAGCCACAGGUAACUACAGGUACCAACUAUACAAUGACCUGCAGUUAUUAUGGCCGUGUAUAAUUGUUUGGUUACGUCUGGCUGUUAUCAAGAAUCUAAAGGUGGAUUUUUUGUAGUAAUUUAUUUAAAGCCUUUCGUGAGUGCUUGGGG